ACGGAGAGGGGGAAGGGAGAAGCGCGACAGGAGAAGAAAAAGCGAGGGUGCGAGGGGGAAGAGGGAGAAAGAGCGAGGAGAGGGGCAAGAGAGAUUUCGAGGAGAGGGGAAGCCGAGAGUGUGCGCGGAGGGAGAGGAGUGUGUGUGGAGGAGAGAGAGAGACAAAGAGCGAGGAGGAGAGAGGGAGGGAGAUCAGCAAGAGGGCGACACAAAGAGGAGAGGGCCGGGCUGGAGCGGACCGUGCCCGCUCCGACGGCGGGAAUGGCUGCGGUGGGCGCGCCGGACAGUAGCCCCCAGCCCCGCGUCUAUUUCCAGGCGGUGAGCGGCGCCGAGGACCCCGAGCCCCCGCAGAGGAAACAGGGCAAGGUGACGGUGAAGUACGACCGGAAGGAGCUGAGGAGGCGCCUCAACCUGGAGGAGUGGAUCAUCGAGCAGCUCACUGUGCUGUACGACUGCGAGGAGGAGUCCAUCCCCGAGCUGGAGAUCGACGUCGACGAGCUGUUGGACUUGGCCAGCGACGAGGAGCGGGCCGCUAGAGUGAAGGAUCUCCUGAUUGACUGUUACAAGCCUACUGACGAAUUUGUGAAGGAACUUCUCAGCCGGAUCCAAGGCAUGCAGAAAUUCAACACACCUCAGAAGUACAGCCCCCACCAGCCGAAGUGAAGGGAGGGGGUUCAGGGGGUGUGCUGGGGAACUUGAGGUGGGACGGAUUGGGGGGGUAGAGGAGAGGGAGGAGGGUUUUGGAGGGUGCGAUAUGAGUAGUGGGAGGCAGGGAGAAGGCCUCAGGACUGGGUUGCCAAGGCAACGGUCUGGGGGGGGUUCUGGUGGGAUCUCUGUACUCUCCCUCCCACCUACCCCACCCAGGGGAAUAUCGGGGAGGUCGUCGAUUCCGCCGCCAAUUCAGUGCCUCCCGUUCACGCCUGGAGGUUUUAUUUUUGCUGUAAUUAAUUUUAUUAACGUGUAAACUGGUGUUUUUUUUUUAUAUAUGAAAAGGAAUUAAAAAAAAACUUUACUUUAAAAAAAAGGAAGCGAAA